GGAGCGUCUAGCAGAGUGCUGUUCCAACCUGGCUGGAGAGGUGUGGAUACACCGGGAACGGCGCCAAGGUUUGAGACUCCUAGAACACUACUUGGCGAUGCCGAUUCCCUUGCGCCCGCCAGCUCAAGCGACGGCGAGUCGUCCCCUCCCACACUCAGGCUCCAAAUAUUCCCUGCUGGCACGAUAACUUCCUCAGACACGAGUGGUGCGGGUGAAAAGAAAAGUCAUAGUUCGGCAGAUGAUGUCGAAAAUGUCAAUGGAACUUCGACGUCCAAGGGUGAACUGCACAGCCUAAAUUGGAGGAGUUCGCCGACGCGCGCAAUGGGUGCCUGUGAUGAUCUUAAGACUACAAGAAACCCAUCUUCCCAAGAACAAGCCUUUUGAUGAUCCUCCCGUUUUUUGUCAAGCUGUACAUUUACAUAUGAGAUCAAAGACAACAAGGGAGUACUGCUUAAUCUACAUUUAAAGGGACUAAAACAGACACCAAGAUGAAGGAGCCCAAGAUGGAUUUCUGGUAGUUCUAAUGAUCGCGGCAAACGAGCGCCGCCUCCUGGUUUGAGCUCACGGGGAGUUGGAGGCUCCCAGAAAGGCAGUUCCCUAAGUCGUGGCGCUUCCUCGUUUUCAGCAUACUCAGCGGGAGACUAUAUCAAAGGGUCAUCGCUGAGAACGAUGCAGAAUAGAGGUGGACCACCGGUCGGACCUUCCUUUAAGGCUACCGCUCGAGCAUGUCUCCUUAGUAUUAUCAUCCGCUUGGUCUGUUUUUUCUCUACUUAAAAAGGAUACUACUAUUACUUUCAAGCAACAAGAUGCUAUUAACGCGGUAGUUCUAAUUCCUCCUCGUCUUCGAGACACCGACGUGAUGACGAGCGGUCGGAUCGGGAUUUGCAAGAGAAAAUGCGCAGUUUUUUCGACCGAUUGGGUGACGGAGACGUGGAUCUAAUCUCUUCUUCGGUUAAGUCUGCCGCGCAGCUUUCUCUUAAGGCCGGUUUUGGGAAUCCAUCAAUUUUCAAUGUAUCUCGGGGAAAAAGCAACAUGAUAAGCAAGAACUUACUCACUCACUCUCCACUCUAAGGCUCGUUGGGGCAACUUGAACGUACUCUCUAGUUUAAGAAUGACAUACCCUCUACUCACCUAAGAGAGGUUAAGGGCGGGGGCAACUUGAACUUACUCGCAAAUGCCCUAAGGAUAUUAACUUACUCUCUAUGCAAGAACUUACUCACUGACUGCCAUUUGUUGUCACUUAGUCACUUAUCUGUCAAUUACUGUCAAUUACUCUCUGUCUAAGGGAGGUGGAAAAACAGGGGAUCGCUCCGAGCGAGGCAGAAAGGCGAGCGAGGUUACUACAGCGACAUUGUCUACCACCAUCUCAGCAUCCGUUUCCGCUUCAGUUUCCACCCACCGCUACGGCUCGUCGCGAUAAAUCGUUGGAAGAUGGUGCUCUGGCUGAAUCGAUUGUUGGCGUAGCAUUUGAUGAAAAUAGCUUGUGGUCUAGUAGAAGUCCUCUCAGGUCUCGUCUCUCCGGCCAUCAGGAAAGUCGAACUUGAAGAUGGAUCGUUGAACUUGGAGAUGAAUCGGCGGACAGAGUAAUCAUGUUGGACUUUCCUUACUAAUCCACUAAGAAUUCUCACUAAGGAUUUCAUCUUCUACUCUGUAUCAAUGCAAGACUUUCAUCAAGGAAGAAACAUGAGAAGCAAUGGUGGGUCUUGCAUUAAUGAAUACGCGCUACUAAUAGAAGACGAGGUGGAUCACUCGUCCCGGCCGAUUUUUUAUGACGAACAGAGGGGGCCAGCUGCUCUUUUUAGAAGAGUAUCUAUGUGCUGAUGCUCUCCGUCCGAAGGAAUGCAAAGUACCUCUUGCUCGUCAUGAAUAGUAAUUAAGAGAUGUUCCCCUUGAUGUCUAAGAGUAUUGACUAUUACAGCCUCCGCUCUGCAGCUAGUCCAAUGGUCCGUCGGUUGUAUAGGUGCUAUGUGUGUUGGGUUGAUGAGGAGACGAAGUAAGUUGAAACGAAAUAAGCAUAACGAGCCUGCUCCUCGACGCGCGCGCCGCGAAACUAUGACAAGUCAUCAAACUAAAGGAUGAAACCAGAAGACGAGGUGUAGCAGAAGACAACCUUUAUAGAAGGCGAGACGCUAGGUGGUAAUUACGAUUUCACUUGUUAAAUCUUGGCUAAAUUGAGGUCGGGCGAU